AUGUUGCCUCAAAACAAGGAACAGGCGCUGCUACAGAAAGCAGUGCCCCCCGGGUGCCCCCCUCAGAGCCCCUCACGAUUUGUGGACUCCCUCCCAUCCAACCCACCACCUCUUCCUCCCAAGCAGUCCCUCCCCACUUCCUAUCCUCCUUGCUCUUCCCCCAAGUCUCCCACCUCCCCUCCUCCUAGGCCCCACUCACCAGGCCCCCUUUUCUUCUCUUCGGAAUCAAAUUCUAACGUUGCUCCACCCCACUGCUCCAAGUCCUCUCUCCCAAGUUCUCCCCUUUAUUUUCACCAGAACUAUACCUCUCUCUCCCCUCCCUGGUCCUCCUCUCCCUCCAACCACCCGCUGUACCUCUCUUCUCCCCCCACCGGCUUCACCUCCCCCCACUCUCGCUGCCAGUCUCCCUCCCGCGGCCCCCCGGACCUCCCCAGCUCCACCACCGUCCCGUCCCCCAGCCCCAGCCUUCCGUCUCCAGAGGACCACGCUAACAGGCAGACAUGGCGGUGGCCUCCAUGCAGAGACACCGGAUCCCCUGGAGCGGCGGGGGGAUGCGUGGCAAGCGAGAGGGACCCUGCGGAGUUCAGGGACCCAGGGGCCCUGGCCCUGGCCCUGGCGGGCCAUCUGGGACACCGCCGCGUCGCCCAGGACCUGCGGCUUCUGCUUCUGCAGCGACUGUUGUUAGGCACAACCGGCAAGGCGCCAGUCGUGGAGUACCCCAUAUGUCUGGUGUGUCUCCGGCCCCGCAGCCCCUCUUGCCCCACUCCCGAGUACAAGACUGGACCCCGCCUGCUUGCAUUCCCCCAACUACUGCCCUGUGCACAGGGCCAGGAGUCUGCGCCUGUCCGCAUAGGAAUCGGCUUCGGCCUCCGCCUGGCUCGGGGCCAGGCCAGGGCCUUGCAUCUGGUGCCGGAAAAAAGGCCGAAGGCAGGGCGUCGGGGCGAGGCCGCGCAGGCCCCGGGAGGUCCAGCAGCAGCUACCCAGGCGCCAUCAACUCCGGCCCCAGGCUCACCCUCCCAGGCCGGGAGUCUCAGGUCUGCAGGCUUUCAAUCACCAACCUCCACCCCACAUUCCCGGCCUCCGCUUCCGGCACCAAAACAAGCCUCUGCCUCCCCGAGGCCCAGGGCUUCUCCUACCCCAAAGAGGCCUGCCUCUCCAGAGCCUAUUCUCCGAAAAUCGCCAUCCUAA